GGGCGGCAAUUACGAAUGAGAGAGCCAUUUACGAAUGGGAGAGCGAAUUACGUGCCGUGGGAACUUAGUAUAAUAUAUACAUAUAUCUACACUACCGUCCGAAUAUUUGCAAUUGUUAAACUCGUACUCAGACAUACACAGGGAAGCGAAUGUGAAAUCAGGAGUACCCUCCAAGUGAAUAGCUUAAAAACAGGAACCUUAAUUAGAAAUUUCCAUUUGGAUAUUGGCACUGUUGUGGCUGUGUCCGGAAAGAAAAAGUAUUCUGAAUUCUUUUUCAACUUUUCAUCAUUUUUAAAUCCUGGUAUUAUUUACCAGUACGAUUUCAAGACACCAGAAGAACCAUUAAAGAUAUUGCGUGAAAUUAAGCUACGCUUGGAUGGAUAUAGUCAAUAUGACUACGAAGUAAAGCAAAUUUUCUAUGACAGUUACGACGGUACUAAAAUUCCUAUGUUUAUUAUACACAAGCGAACGCAAAUUAUUUCCCCUCGUCCAUGUCUACUCUACGGUUAUGGAGGCUUCAACAUAAGCUUACAGCCUUCGUUUUCUGCAACAGGAUUGAUGUUUAUUAACACUUUUGACGGUGUAUUGGCAUAUCCCAAUCUACGAGGAGGUGGUGAAUAUGGUGAGAAAUGGCACAACGCAGGGCGGCUAUUACAUAAGCAAAAUGUUUUUGAUGAUUUUCAAGCAUCCGCGGAGUUUUUAAUUAAUAACCGAUACACGACUAAAGAUCGUCUUGUAAUACAAGGAGGAUCAAAUGGAGGAUUAUUAGUAGGUGCUUGCAUCAAUCAACGACCGGAUCUAUUCGGUGUUGCGAUAGCACAAGUGGGGGUUAUGGAUAUGCUGCGUUUUCAUCAUUUCACUAUUGGUAAAGCUUGGUGUUCGGAUUAUGGCGACCCUAGCGAAAAGGAACAUUUCGAAAAUAUUUUUAAAUAUUCACCUUUGCACAAUGUGCAUACUCCAAAAACUAAGUCUGAAGAAUAUCCUUCAACUUUAAUUCUAACCGCUGAUCACGAUGACCGCGUAAGCCCCCUGCAUUCUUUAAAAUUCGCCGCCACUCUUCAGAGAGCUAUUGAAGACUCUGUUCAAGAAAAUCCCAUACUUUUACGCGUAUAUAGCAAAGCUGGCCAUGGUGCCGGUAAACCAACGACAAAAAGGAUCGAAGAAGCUGCUGACAUUCUUACUUUUAUACGCAAAACCGUAAACGUUGAUGUUAUUAAUUUAUAAUAUAUACAUAUUAUGCACAUUAUAACGUUAUUUUAACAUUUUUAUUAAAAUCUUUAGUUGAAUGCGAAUAGUAUACAUA